AUGGCAAUGCCGGACCAUCCUUCUCCGUGUGGCCGCCACCCCCAAAUCCUCUUGGAUAGAAGAUGUUUAGUGGGCCAGUUGAAAAAUUCCACCACCGCAAAAUCCAAGAACAGCAAAGGGGUUCACUUGGAGGUUUCUUUUGAAGCAGCUGACCCUCCAGCCAUCUCGCUGUGCCUGGUCAGCUGCGUUGAUCACACCGGGGAUCGCUUGGCAGCGCAGCCUCGUAUACUUGGCGUAACUGGAGGCUUUGUACUGCUGGCUAUCACCUUCUCGGACAGUGUCAACCCUUGUUUGCGGUUCAUCGACUAUUUUGUUUACAAAGCAGGGCCGGAUUUCGCCUCUCUUCAUCUUCUUGCAAGGCCAUACCCGUCUUCUUUUUCGCCAAACAUGGCUGCCAUCUUGCCUGUUAGUGAUAACAGUGAAGACUUUGCUGUCAUUUUCCCACAUGUUGAAUAUUUCAGACUUGAGUCUCGCAAACAUUACACACUCCACAUAUAUCGAUCCGACACAAAUGAUUGGCACUCUCAGGUCGCUUGUAUCGCUGAGGAUAAUGAGACAAGGAAUGCUAGGGAUAAGCUAUUGCUUCAUAAUGCCAUGAGCGUGGCAUAUGCAGAAAAGGGUAUCAUAGGUUGGAUUGAUCUCUGGUGGGGAAUUCUCUUAUGCAAUGUUUUGGAUAAAAAGCCUACCAUCCGUUUUGUUCCGUUAAUCUCACUCCAAGACCACACCGUCAUGUGA